GGAAAAUCCGUAUGAGAGGCAGGCAUGAUGACGACCCUGUGGACUGGUGGUUCGCUUCCACUGCUAUACCGAUUCUGGCAGCCACCCUAGGCCCUCUGGCAAACGUUCUGUCCAUUGGCGCCUUAGUCACCUUUUGGCGAUUGGACUUACGGGAUCCCACAGAUCCAACCGCAAUCUUACCACAAUUGAAGGCAACCCCAAUUCGAGAUCCAAGAUGGUGUUACUGGAUCAACGUAUCCUCGCUCAUUCUCGGUUUUGUCGGCAAUUUCUUUUUGUUGCUCAAUUUUACCAACCGAAUUCGAUAUAUCAUAUCUCUCCCCUUAACUAUACUUCUCUGGUUUCUCUCUUGUGGUAUCCUCAUAGGUGAUCUUGCUGCGAUGCAUGUCUACGCCCGGCCUGUUGCCCCAAUCGAAGCUUACUCCGGUGGCUAUUGGUAUGGCAUUGCCGCAGCUUCAUUCUAUUUUCUCCUCGCGUCACUCCUCCUGGUGAAUCUUCUCGGUUAUAUACGGGGUCAUUACCCUCAACAUUUCGAUCUGACCGAAGAUCAACGCACAUUGAUCAUUCAAACCAUGUUCUACUUUAUCUGGUUGGCUGGUGGAGGUGGAGUUUAUGCUCGAUUGGAAGGCUGGCAUUUCAUUGAUGCGGCAGGACAGCUUUAUUACUGCGACGUAACAAUCCUAACCAUUGGAUUUGGCGAUCUUUAUCCUACCAAAACGGCUGCCCGUGCUCUCUUGAUUCCAUUCUCUCUCGGAGGUAUUAUCAUGCUCGGUCUCGUCGUAUCUAGUAUCUACAGAUCAGUACAAGAGAGAAUCCGACUACUUCGUGAUGAAAAAGAGCGUUUCCAGGCAAUGCGCAGGCUUCAGCAGCAGGCGAAGCUGUGGAAGAACUGGUGGCGGCUGAGUCUCAGUCUUUCGCUAUUUACCGUAUUUUGGUGCAUUGGCGCAGUUGUGUUCUGGGAGGCCGAGGUUGGAGCUACUGGUCAGACGUACUGGGAGACUGUCUACUUCUGCUGGGUUGCUAUCCUGUCCAUUGGUUACGGAGACUUUUCACCUAAAUCAGGUGCCGGAAGAUGUUUCUUUGUUAUCUGGUCUGUCAUCGCCGUCCCUAGUAUUACAAUGCUCGCCUCCGACCUCACCGCAACAUUCGUUUCUGCGUUCAACAAUUGGUCCAGCACCUUAGCUGACUUCACAAUCCUCCCAAAAGAAGGAAUAUGGACGGCACUCGUGGACAAGCAUCCGUGGCUCUCUUUGGAGAAGGCGGAGCAGAGCUCGAAUGGAAGCACAUCAAAGGAAGAUGCAUACGCUGCUGGCCUACUAGCUCCAGAUUUCGAAGCCCUUGUUACGCAGCACGAUGCAGACCUGCACGGAAAACAGCCGGACGCUGCUGCUCUUGCACGCCAUCUCGCACUCGCUAUUCGACGCACCGCACAUGAUCUCACGCUCGACAAGCCUCGGAAUUACCAGUUUGAAGAGUGGGUCGAAUUUACACGGCUUAUUCGGUUCUCUGUUGCAACGGAUAAGGACGAAGUCAUGAGAGAAGAGGAAGAGGAAGGUCUUGUACAGUGGGAUUGGAUUGGCGAGAACUCUCCAAUGGUGUCCGAUCAGACAGAAAGUGAGUUUGUUCUUGAUCGGCUUUGCGAAAGCCUGGUUAGGUACCUUAAGAGGAAUCCACCUGCCGAACCGUUUGCAAGCACGGUAAAGGAACGUGGUGAGGAAGCCCUAAGACUCAGAACAGCGGCCAUGGAUGAGGAGAGAAACUUUGUAACGAGAUCUUCGAGCUCCAAGGACGGCCCAGUGGAAAUGCAGAGUAGCAAGGCAGCUCUGCGUCCUUUGCCGGAGGAGGAGCAUGAAUGA